AUGCCUUCUAUCAUCAAGUUCGCUGCGGCGGCUCUUGCCGUGGCUCAAGCCUCGGCUCAGACUUACACCUCUUGCAACCCUCUCGACAAGACUUGUCCUUCUGACAAGGGUUCUACUGAGUCAAGCCUGAGCUUCGACUUCACCCAGAGCUUGGAUCAGUGGACUACCACUGCUGGAACUGUCGAUACCACCUCCAAUGGUGCCGCCUUCACCCUUGCCAAGAAGGGUGAUGCCCCUACCAUUGAGACCGAUUUCUAUAUCUUCUUCGGUGAGGUUUCGGUCGUCAUGAAGGCCGCUCCGGGUACCGGCAUCGUGAGCAGUCUCGUUUUCGAGUCUGACGAUCUUGAUGAGAUCGAUUGGGAGGCUCUUGGUGGCGAUUUCACCACCAUUGAGACCAAUUACUUCGGUAAGGGUGAUACCACCACCUACGACCGUGCCACCUGGCCCGCCGUCUCCGACCCCCAGAACGACUGGCACACCUACACUGUGAACUGGCAGAAGGAUGCCACCACCUGGUCCAUCGAUGGCGCCGUCGUCCGCACUCUCAAUUACGCCGAUGCUAAGAGCGGAACCCGCUACCCCCAGACCCCCAUGCGCAUCCGUAUUGGUAUCUGGGCCGGUGGCGACCCGGACAACGCCGAGGGAACCAUCGAGUGGGCUGGUGGCGAGACCGACUACGCUGAUGCCCCCUUCACCAUGUACGUGAAGUCCGUGGAGAUCACGAACGCCAACCCUGCCGAGUCGUACACCUACAGCGACACCACCGGUUCCAUGGACAGCAUCGAGUUGAGCGGUGCUUCUGCCCUCACCCAGACUGAUAGCACUACUUCCACUACUUCCGCCACUUCUACCACUUCUACCACUUCUACCAGCUCCAAGUCUACUGAGACUACCACCGCUGCUACUACCCUGGCUACCACUACUCACUCCUCAUCCGCUUCUACCACCAAGGGCUCAUCCACCACUUCCUCCGAUAGCUCCUCGGUCUCUGGCAGCACCUCCAGCUCGGAGACCACCUCCAGCUCCAAAUCCGCUAGCUCGGGUUCCGUUACUCCCUCCGGCUUCUCCAGCUCAGCUGCUGGUUCAAGCUCUGCCUCUACCGGCAGCAGCACCACGGGCUCUGGCUCCAGCUCCAGCGGUUCCUCUUCAAGCUCCGGUUCCACCGCUGCCCCCAGUGCAAGCCCAACCUACAACGCGGCUGCCAACGUGGCAUCCAACUACCUCGGCCCCAUCUCCAUCCUGGCCCUGGUCACUGCCUUCCUCCAGCUGUAA